AUGAAGAUAUCGUUUGUUUGUUUCCUCGCCCUGUCUACUCUAUCAUUUAGCCGAGCUCUAACAGCCGCAACUGCUCUCACCCUAGGCAGUGAUUCCUCCACUCCCAUCGCUCCAACGGCUGGAAUGAGCAAUUCUACGCUCGGCAUCCCUAUACCACCGCAAAGCUUUGGCCUGACGUACGAGAUAGGAGGGCCCAAGCUUCGCAUAACGUCAUGUCUAGUGAACACCGUAGCCGCGCUAAAGGAACUAGCACUUAGAGACUGGGACGACAAGAUUAUUGACGGGACAGAAUACGAGCUUGACGACUAUCCAGAAGUAAGGAUUAUUAUCACAACUCCCAAGCGCAAACGCAACGUACAAGUGCGCUUCGUGUUGUGGGCUGCCUGCCUAGGAGUCUACGACAUGAUUUUGAAGAGGAAGUUCGAGUUUGCGCAAUUUGAGAUGUCGUGGGAGAGACAAGUGCUUGGAUGGGUGCAAGUCGUCAACCAUCCAACCAGUGCAAGCUUAACAACAGAAAAAAGGCAGGUCAACGGGACUCUAGAUGUGGGGAAUAUAUCAGCGACUUUGCUAAGUACGGACCGCACAAUCGGACUAGAGCCCAUCAGCAUCACGAAUAUCGUCACCAUGGACAACGCAAAUGAUCCAGCCGAAGCGCGCCUGAAUGUGACCAUCACUCCUUACGGCGACACCCUCGGCGUCUACGACGUCUUCGUCCCGAUCAUGAGUGGAUUGACCGACAUGGCGCAGUUCCCCAGCACUCACCAGGUGGCUGGUUUGAUCAUAGGUCUCGAAGGCUUCAAAGGUUUCAUCUGCAUUGUGCCUGCAAUACCCUUGCGUACUAGCCCACCAUUCAUGGAGUAUGCGUGGCUGAUUAGAGCGAUUGCACGGAUUCCGACCUACAUGCUGGAGAAGGGUCGCUUCGGCGAGGUCAAUAUUAGAAUUGAGGUUGAUGGAUCUCUGUAUCAGAGAGCUAAAGAGCUAUGGAUCUAUGAGGAUGAGAACAAGGGAACCCCAUUAUAG